AUGGGCACACUGAAUGGCUCCAUCUUCAUGCCUUCAGUACUAACUCUUGUUGGAAUUCCUGGCCUGGAGUCAGUGCAGUGCUGGAUUGGGAUUCCAUUCUGUGCCAUGUACCUCAUUGCUGUGACUGGGAAUUCCCUGAUUCUAGCUAUAAUCAGAUAUGAAAAAAGCCUUCAUAAACCCAUGUACAUCUUUUUAGCCAUGUUGGGGGUCACUGACAUUGCACUUAGCACCUGUAUUCUUCCAAAAAUGUUAGGUAUCUUUUGGUUUCAUUUGACAGAGAUUUCUUUUGAUGCCUGCCUUCUGCAAAUGUGGCUCAUUCACUCAUUCCAGGCCACUGAAUCAGGCAUCCUACUGGCAAUGGCCUUUGAUCGCUAUGUAGCCAUCUGCGACCCCUUGAGACAUGCUACUGUGUUCUCCCAAAAACUCUUGACUUACAUUGGAGUUGGGGUGACACUCAGGGCUGCCAUUCUUGUAACUACAAGCCUAAUGCUUCUCAAAUGCCGUCUUAAAUUCUACCGAACUACAAUCGUCUCCCACUCUUACUGUGAACAUAUGGCCAUCGUGAAGCUAGCUGUAGAAGACAUCCGGGUCAACAAGAUAUGUGGUCUAUUUGUUGCCUUUGCCAUCUUAGGGUUUGACAUAAUCUUUAUUACCUUGUCCUAUGUUCAAAUCUUUAUCACUGUGUUUCAACUGCCCCAGAAGGAGGCACGAUUCAAAGCUUUUAAUACAUGCAUUGCCCACAUCUGUGUCUUUCUGCAAUUCUACUUGCUUGCCUUUUUCUCCUUUUUCACUCACAGGUUUGGUUCUCAUAUUCCACCUUAUGUUCACAUCCUCUUAUCAAACCUUUACCUCAUAGUGCCACCUUUUCUCAAUCCUAUAGUCUAUGGCCUGAAGACCAAACAAAUUCGUGACCAUGUCCUGAAAAUGUUUUUCUAC